UGGUGCCCUGCCUAUCACCCUUCCUCAUGGAGAGAAAGUCAGAACAAACACACAUGCAUUCAAUAGUGAAUUUAGUUAUAUUGUCUCAAAAAUUAGUCUGCCUACCUACCCAGCAUCUAUGACGACCAAAAAUGCUGUAUGGGUAUGCAGCUCACUAAUUUGAGACAGACUCAUUUCCUCAUUUCAGUUCCUCAAAGAGUGAUAUUUGUGAUAGCAGGUGGAAGUAACUUGUGAGAACAUUGGCCGGCUUGCGUUUCUGAGAGAUGGUGAUUUAUCACAUUUCAUUCUUGCUCUCCACACACCUGAGGAUGAAACCCAAGUGGUUGCUGUGUACUUGCGGCAAAUGGUGGCCUGUUGGUGAUGUUUUGAAGACAUCGAACAAAUCAAGAUGUGGACUUGUGUUAGUGGAGUCAGUGAUGGAGAGAGUUGUGCUUUUCCUGCUUAGUCAAGUUAUAUUUGGAAUUCUGGAAAGGCCUCUCGGAGAAGACCUAUAUUUUUCUGUCUAUUCCAUGUGGGAACAUGGCAAAAUUCUCUGGCAAAAUGGAGAAGCAGUAGGGUUUUACACCAUUAAAAAAAAGGGCAGCCUGUGUGACAGCUGCACUGGCCAGAGUUAUCAGCUCCCUGUGCUGGACUCAGUGUUUGUUCGCUCUCACUGGAGAAGGACUGGACUCGCUUUACAGAUGCUGGAGGAUUUCUGCUCGUCUCAACCCUCUGAGGCGAUUCUGGGAAUUAGCUUUCCUAUGUCUCCUGGCAUGUAUGGAGUUUGCAAGAAGUUUCUCGAGAUCCACGAAGAAGAAAGAGACCGUCUCUAUGAGGUGGAAGCCCCGGGUGGAUGGGCUCAGAGGCGCAAUGUGUGGUUAAAUAUCCAGCUGCGGGACUUUCCAAAGCACUGUGGAAACUCAGAGCAGAGUCCACAAUGCCCAUAUAGUCACGAAAGAAGUGAAGCUAAUUUAGAGGAAGAGGGGAUUCUGCAACAAUGUGAAUCAUCAGUCAGUCUCAAAGACACAUCAAGCUCAGGGAAGAAGCGACCUGCGGAUCAAACCAACACAGGGACUAACCUUAAAAAAGCCAGGACUUAACAUUCAUUUAUUAAAUGUGUCAAGAAAUAUCUCAGAUAGGCAAUGUACUUUCAAGCCAUAACAAAGAGCCUAAAUAUUCAAGAUGGGACUCUGCUCAUGUGUUAAAGUAUGUAGAUGUUGGUAAUAAGUAUGCAAUAUCUAUCUAAGUUUUGCCUUCGGAACUACCUUAACAAUCUCAAGUAUUGUCAUACUAUAAAGCUUACAAAAACAUUUAUUGGCAAAUGGUAAACAGACGGUCAAUUGUAUCUGUAUAGAAAUGUAUCUGUAUAGUUUUAUUGCUAUAGCCACAUAGUGGCCAAUAUUCUCUAAUUUUGGCCACAUUUUCCACAUUUUAUUGAUUAUAUAAAGAAUAUGCGGGUAGACCAAUUCUCUCUCUCAAACAAAAAAAAAAAAAAAAAAAAAAAAAAUUAAAUAUAUGAUACGCUUUAUGGGUUUAUCUUUACUACAAUAAAUUGUCACAUAAGGCUGUUUUUUUUAUUGUCUAAUUGUUAACAAUUUAGAUUGUUAAAGCAAAGAAAAAAAAUAUAUAUAUAUAUAUAAAUAAACAAAUGGAAAAAAAUAAACCGAUCACAUAACAAUAAACAAUCUUUUCUACAAAACAUAAAAAUUAUACAAAAACAUUCAAAAGUGAGCAUAAAUUCAAAGUUUUAGUUGCAUUUUGUUAUAUGAGGUAGGCAAAGAUUUAAUAGAUGUGAAUAUAUUCUUGAAAGAGAAAAAUUGGGGGAUAACUUUCAUAAUGCAUUUGUGAAUAAAAUAUUUUCCAAGCAAAAUAAUUAGGUUGCAAAGAAAGUAAACAUUUUCAUAUUGCUUCUCAAAAUUGAAAAAUCCAAACAAAACAUCUUUAAAGUAAAGAUCAAAUGUCAUAUGUUUACAAUUAACUGGCAAAUGUCUUGCCAAAGUUUUCUUGUAUGGACACAAUGCCAAAAAAGAUGCAAGACAGUUGUGAGUCACAAAAAGUACCUUUCGCAUCUAGGCCUAUACUUAAUUUGAAUUGUGACACAAAGGUUUUAACAGGAUGGAACUGAUGUAUAAGCUUAAAAGAACCUUAAAAAAAAGAAAAACCUUACUUACCAAUAGAUACUUGUUAGGA